CAUCGCUGCUUUUGCUGCAAGGCGAGGAGUGGAGCGUUAAAAGGGCGAAGGACAAAGGGAAAAACUUGACCAAGGACAGGUGCCCCACCCGGGAAAGACCCUCUGGUUUCUCGGGAAAACAUGACUUCUUCGGACCAAGAUGCGGACUAAGCUCAUUUUUGUUGCCCUUUUUCUUCUGCGCUGCGCAGUCUCCUCCUCUCCUCCAAAACCGAUUAAUGUCAGCUUCUCUUCCGUGAACCUGAGGAAUGUUCUGCACUGGUUUCCAGGAAAUGGCACAUCAGAUGGCACACACUUUACUGUGCAAUACGCCAUCUAUGGAAACCCCAGGGAGGUCAGAAAAGGAAAACGGGAGCACUGGAGAGCAGUGGACCAGUGCACCAAUAUCGUACGGACUUGGUGCGAUCUGAGUGCUGAGACGUGGGAUGAGGAAGAAAGAUAUUAUGCCAGAGUUCGCGCAUUGGGAAGAAAAUCAUCUUCAAAAUGGACUGAGACAAACAAAAGAUUUGAUCCGAAGUCAGAGACAAUUUUCGGCCCUCCACUGAUUUCUGUGGAAAUAGAGAACAACAGUGCAGUUGUCACUCUAAAUGGGCCGGUGAGGUAUUCGCCAAACAACCACACCCCAGCGCUCACCAUGAAAACAAUCUAUCAUCGCAUGUCCUAUAACCUCUCCAUCUUCAACACCCACCGCAACCAAGUGCUUCAUUUUCCAGUGGAGGACAGCCUGUUCAAAUAUCACAUGAUGGACUACAAUACAGAAUAUUGCUUCUCUGCCAAAUCAAGAUUCCUCUCCAUACCACUGCAGUCCAUGUCCUCAGUCUGGCACUGCAUAACCACACCUCAAGACCCUGUUAUUGUGCAGCUGCAGCGAGUGGUUGUGGGGAUUAUUGUCCCAUCGCUUUGCAUCUGUAUAAUUGUGUUGAUCAGUUACCUUCUCUACAACUACCUGAGUGGGAAAGGACGGACAAACCCACCUGUAUUGAGUCAACCAUCGUUUCACUCAUGUCCUAUUGUGUUCCUUCCUGAUAACACCGCCCUGCAGCUAACCAGUAUCAUUCCCAAUAAGCCACCUCCUGAGAUCCAACCCUUCAUUCCAUGCCCUCCAUAUGCACCUCAGAGGGCUGGUGUACCACAAGAACCAGAAGAACCCAUGAAUAAUUUGUCAGAUGACUAUGCCGCUGUCGUCCCUAAAAAAGUUAGUGAAGAGAACACAAGACAGAGGGAGCCUGAGGAAGGAGUUGCUGUGAAUAACUUGAAGGAUGAGCACCAGAAAAAUGCAGAUUGUUACGAGAAGAAAGACGUUAAGAUUAAAGAUGGUAAUUCUUCUAGUGGGUACAAGCCUCAAGCUAAAACAUUUGGGCAAUCACCUACGCAGACAGAGGGUAGUGCUUUAUUGCAGAGUUUGCCGUGCUCCCUAGGUCCUGUUUUACCAUCACAAACUCAGGCACCGACGCAAUCUAAUCAGAGAUCAUUUAGUGAUAAGCAAACUAUAGAGAACAAUACAGAGUCCUCAGCUUUGUGGUUUACCAAAAAUGCUCAAACCCAUCCACUUAACGCCCAUCUAAACCUACCAUUAUUGAAGGAGGAAAAAAAGAGGAAAGAGAUAGAGGGAGGUGAGCAGGAACAAAAUCAGUGUGAGAAUGUUCCUCUUCUCUCUGAGUAUGCCUCUCAGGUCAUCCCAACCAUGCCUGCUGCCCACUCACAAAAGUCUGACUGCUUGUCAGAUGAGUACGGUGCUCUGAUUCAUGCCACAGCACAGAAAGCAGAGGCAGGUGAUUUUAAGAUGGAGAUGUGUAGUAACUGGAAUCCUGAGAACAUGCAAGAAAUGCUGCCCAUGCCGGGGAUGACCUUCAACUGCGGCGAAAGGUUGGGUGGCAUGCAGCCUUCAGACAGAGGCAAAGAGGAAAAUUUAGGAGGAACAUUUGAGGGAACGUAUAUGACAAGGAAUCACCUGAAGUUGGAAAAUGUGCUUCUCAGACAAGCAAGUGACGAUGGGGCUUGCGCACAGAUGGAGGAAGAAAUUGAUAAUAUUCUUAGCAAAUGGGAUUUGGUCAUCUCAAAUGAUGACUAGAAGAAAUUAAUGACUGCCAGUUUUACACUUAUCUACAAGCUUCGCGUCAUCAUAUUACAGUAAUGUACUCCAUUUGGUUUUGAGUCCAGUUAAUGUAGAUCCUUUUUUUAUAACUAGAAGCUCAAAUCACAAUGAGGUGUUUACAUUUAUUGGAUUUUUGUGUAGAUGAAAGGUGCUGGUGACGUCACUUCUUCGUCAUUUCGUACCUUUGCACUCUUGGUUCUUUUAUGUUCCACUGUUGCGGCUCUAAAAUGGUGCCAUUUACUUUGACAUGUUUCUUGUGAACUACAUUUGUAGUAGCCAGGGGGAAAUUUUGCACCUGCAACUACAACCAACAGUUAGAGUAGAGUAGUUUUCUUCAUUUCUAUUCUACUGUAGCGCACUGUAAGGAAAUAACUAUUUUAAUUGAGUCCAAUGAAUCAUAUCUGCCGGCUCAGGCACAAUAAAUUUUGGUUUUGAUAAGUGUCAUCUUAGUAUUUCCUAAAAAUGAAUUAACCUAAAUUGGUUUUAGAACCAAAGCCCUGCCAAAAAUAAAAGACAAUAGGAUAUAACACAAAGAAUUCAGAAAAUAAAGUGAGGUUUGAGUGUUUUGUCACUAUCUCCAUAAAUCGUGAAAACGACUAGCUACAAAGAAAAAUAAACUAAUCUAUAGGCUAAGUGACAAAUUGGUUUAUUUCUGGAUAUAAAAUGAAAGCAUUAAGGUACACAAUUGCAAAGAGGUGAAUUGACCUGAAGCUGCAGAUAGUCAACAAGCAAACAAUUUGAAAAUAAUGAGGAAAGAGCUGCACCUCUACCCUAACCCUUCACCCCAAGUUCAUCAGAUGUAGCGACUGGAAGCUGUAGGCGUAUGAUUCGUGCAUUUUUCUGUUUGUGGUGUAUUUGAGUGACUCUGUUGCAACGUUGCAUGAAGCCCAGGGUGUGCCACUUUAAUGUUUAGGAUCUUGUUUUUUUAUUUCUUAAAUGACGCCAUAUUUAUGAGAAACCAUUUUAGAAAGCGCAGAUGACGAUUGGCUUACACAUUUGCAGACAUAAAACAAUAUAAGUUGUCAGUGGGAGACAAGAAACAAAAGCAGCUGCUGCUGCUUUUGCUUUUGUCAACAGUUACAAAAAUAACAAGCAAUCCAGAACAAAUCAAAUCUCUCACAAGCUCUGUCGUUUUACGGAAAGCUGACUUUAUGAAGGAGUAGUGUCAAAUAUGUGGUACUUUAUCGUAUAAUUUUUUGUGCAGCAACAUCUUAAAGGAUUUUCCCAGAUAAUUCUGUGGUUGUUUAGCUGUACCAGCUCAUUUUAUACGACUGUGUAUGUCUUUAUGCCAUUUACUUGUACAUCACUUUGGUUUAGUUGCAGAGUUUAAUCAUUUGAUUCCAGUUAAAGCACUUGAUGUGGUUACUGAAUACAUUAUUUUUUCGUCUACUGUCGGUAAAUUUAGUGGAAUAUCUCUGAAAUUCAUUCUUUACGUAUUUAUUUUGAUUUUAAGUUAAUUGCUGAUGAUCAGAGGAAAACUUGAGUUACUUUGUGCAUGUUAAUUAUUUCUAGAGGAAUAUAUAGCACUUUAUCACUAAAUAUAUCUUAUGUUUACUCAUGAAGUAAUGUGUGGCACCAUGUGUCAACUUUUCUUUUCUCACUAUAUAAUUUUUUUUUACUUCCUUUCCUUACCAAGCCAACUUGUUCUUUUUAAUCAUUCUGCUAUCUUGAUUUUCCGGUUUAGGCCAAAACGUGUUUGGAUUUUAAGAAGUAAGAUAUGGGUGUGAAGGGGUUUUUCUUUUUCCCUGUGUCACUACAAGUUGCCAGACUUCUUUACUUGACACAGAUACUUCCUCGUUCCAUCACCAUAAGUAGGCGUAACUAAAGUAGUAUGAUCACAUACAACCCUGUAAAUACUUUCAGUUUCCGUUUUUUGGGCUGUAAUAGAGAAUAUAACUUAAAACUAGUUAUUUUUUACUCAAAUAUAAAUGAAGGACAUCUUUAUUUAAUUGUACUAUUGUUGUUUCUGAUUCUGUGCAUUUUUUAAUGAAGCUUUUAAAAAUCUUUAUACAGAGCUUUUUUUUUUUUCUUGGUUCUACCAUGAGAAUGUGAUAUUAUGGAGGAUCCAAGUGCUCCGCCAUAAUGUUUAACUCUUAUGUCAAUUCUGAUUCCCGGUUGGUUCAUAGUUUCUGUUUUCUGUAUUUACAGAGUUAAGGACGAUAAAUUACAGGCUUUAUGUGCCAACUCUGGGAAUUAAGUGAUCAUGAUUUUACAUUGAUAUGAAUUGUAUCUGUAUUGAGAGAAAUGACAGAAUGAAAAAGAAAAUAAACUGAAUGUAUUACAUA